AUGGCAGCAGUCGAAGUAACUUACUCCCUUCCGAAGGAUGUCAACGAGAAGAAGCUCGAAGUCCGGACCGGCUCGGAUAUCCGUCUCCGAAAAGAGAGCCGCGGAGCAGACGUAACAUGGAACGGCACCGACCCCUUCCUCAAGCAGCCGUACUACUACACCGGCGCGCCAUGGACACUCCUUGCAAGCGAUUUGCUCCUGUUCCUCAAGAACAUCGCUUUCCUACCAUGCAUUGUGUUGCCGCUCUGGUCGCAGCCCCCGGCUCGCUCUUUCAACCUCGGAGUCGACAACCGAUUCAAAGAGCAACCUCGAUUUCUCGUGAGCCAGCUCCAUCGUCGAUUCGAAGCAUGGGCUCAGCGCUACUUCCACUCCGGUCCCAUGGACGAGCUUUACCCCUCAUGGAACAACAUUCGUGACAUCACUUUCCACUCCAUCCUCAUCGUCACUCAAUCCGCUUUCUUGAUCUCUCUGCCUUUCCUCUCUUUCUUCUCUUUUAACAUCUUUGUUGCCUACGUUGGUCUUUUUGUUGGCAUCAACUAUUUAGCAUGCAUCGGGCUCAAUGGGUGGAUGCCUGAAGGAUUCAUUUGGUCAGCUGAUAGUCCCUUGGCGAGAGAAUGGGAGCGAAACCACCCUGAAGAAGAAUGGAUUUUCCUCAACGGUGUUGCUGUCGGCAAGAACUGGCUCCAAAGCAACAUUGACCGGAUUUCCGUCACCUUCCAUCGAAGAGUCAAAGGUGUUCACAACAAGACUGCCGGAAUUAUCUUUGAUGUAAUCCAAUGCCUCCUUGAGCGCUGCCUCUACUUCGGUACCACCGACACCAGAGUCUGCUUCUCGCACAUCUCUACUGCUCUGCUCAACCAAGACAAGAAGAAAGUCAUCCUUAUUCUCCACUCACAGGGCGGACUUGAGGGAAGCGUUAUCCUCGACUGGCUCAUCAACCAGCACCCCCGCGAAGUUCUCCAAAAACUCGAAAUUUACACCUUUGGCAACGCCGCAAACCACUUCAACAACCCCCGCACCAAGAGGGAACACGGGAUUCCCAGGCCCAAGGGCCGCGCCAUCCGCCACAUUGAGCACUACGCCAACUCGAAAGAUUUUGUUUCUCGGUGGGGAGUCCUCCACUUCAAGAAGAAGACUGCCAAGAGAGAUGGACGCUUUCUUGGUCUCGGUGAAAUUGCCGGUCUCAUCUCCGUCAACAAGAAGACGGAAGUCAUCAAGGCCGUGGGCAAGACGGAGCCGAAACAGGCCAACCACCUCAGCGCAGAUUGGAAUGAGUUCGAGGGAGCACUCAUUGAGCGCACCGGCUCCGGUCACCAAUUCAACCAGCACUAUCUUGACAACAUUUUCCCUCUGGACAACAAUCUCAGCAAGGUCCAGACGAAUGGAGAUGGCUCUCCUCUCCCGGGCACCUUCAUGGCGUCCCGCACGAACGUUCGCAAUGAUCCCUGGAAGAUUGAUGAGCAGCGCAACCUCACGAAUGGGGUUGACGGUACUGCCCACCACCAGCUCAAUGGUGUUAGCGAAGGGCCCAAGGUCUAUGAGGUCAGCCGGCUUUGGAAGUUUGUCAAUGGCCGACGACCGGACGACUAUUCUUGA